GUCAAUCUGACAGACGUCAAGUGUCACCAAUCACCAAUCGUUUGCGACGUUUGCGUUUCCUUUCUUUUUUAUAGAGACUUCGUCAGAACGUCAUGGCGCCGACUAAAUCAGCUCCAGCUGCAGCAGCUGUGGCUAAAGCUGCACCAAAAGCACAAGCCCCUAAAAAGCAGCAAUUAAGGGGCAAAGGUUUAAAGAAACGUAAAGUGGCCUUACGAUUUGUAAUUGACUGUUCUCAUCCAGUUGAAGAUAGUAUUUUGGAUUUUUCCAAUUUUGAGACGUACUUGAAACAAAGAAUUAAGAUUAAUGGUAAAACCAAUAACUUCAGUGGAGGAAAAUCUAGCCAGCAUGCUGUGACAAUUGGAAGAGAAAAGAAUACGAAAAUUGUUCUUAGUUCAGAAAUUCCAUUCUCAAAAAGGUAUUUGAAAUAUCUUACAAAGAAGUACCUGAAAAAGAACAAUUUGAGAGAUUGGCUUAGAGUUGUGGCAGAUGCUAAGGAGUCUUAUGAGCUGCGAUACUUCCAAAUCAACAAUAAUGAAGAGGAGGAAGAUGAUGAGGCAGAAUAAAAUGUAUAUUUUUUAUGACCUAAUAAAUUAUUAAAAAAUGUCUGUUUAU